GAAAGAAUUAAUGAAGGGCAAACUAGCUUUUCAUUUUGAUAUUAUGUUCAAAAAUAAAUUUACUUAGACAAUCCAUAAAAUUAAGGCAACUUCGUAAUUAUGACAGAAACAUUAGCAGCCGAAGAAAAAACUUUAAUAAACAAUGGACGAGCAGCUUCUAGUCCGGUACCAACUAAAAGAACAUCUGGAGGACUGAUGAAACUAUCCAGUUAUGUGUUAGCUCUUCGACCAUGGUCACUUAGUGCAAGUUUAAUUCCAACUCUAUUAGGAUCGACAAUAGCUUACAAAUAUCCAGGGUCUUCGGAUUUUAAUUAUAUAACUCUAUUUUUUACGAUAUUAACAAUUAUAUCAGUGCAUGGAGCUGGUAAUGUAGUGAAUACCUACUUUGACUAUGUAAAAGGCAUAGACAAUCGAAAAUCAGACGAUAGAAUUCUUGUAGAUCAUAUAUUGUCGAAAGAUGAAGUUGUAUCGUUGGGUGCUAUCUUAUAUUUUGCAGGUUGUAUUGGAUUCAUCAUAUUAGCAAACAUAUCUCCAGCAAAAAUGGAACAUUUAGCUUUAGUGUAUUUUGGGGGUUUAUCGUCAAGUUUUUUGUACACCGGGGGUAUCGGUUUUAAAUAUAUAGCUUUAGGAGAUGUUUUGAUCUUAAUUAUUUUUGGCCCUAUAUCAGUUUUAUUUGCAUUUAUGUCACAAACGGGUCAUGUCGAAUGGGCUACAAUUUAUUAUGCCUUACCUUUAGCUUUAAAUACAGAGGCUAUAUUACAUAGUAACAAUACUAGAGACUCAGAGUCUGAUAAAAAAGUAGGCAUUGUUACUCUAGCUAUAAUUAUAGGACAUACAGCUUCUCAUGUUUUAUAUGCAUUUUUGUUAUUUACGCCUUACAUUAUGUUUAUGGUUGCUUCGUUAAAAUAUUCUAAGUGGUUCAUGCUACCUCUCGUCACUUUACCAGGGGCAUUUAAAAUUGAGAAGCAAUUCAGGUCAAAAGAUAUUCAUAGUGUACCAAAAAAGACUGCAAAAUUAAACUUAUUUUUUGGGGUGCUCUACGUAGUGGCUUGUAGUAUGGUUUCGACAUUGCCAUAUGUUACUCAGAGAUAGAUCUUUAUAUUUACUUUUUAUUUAUAUUAUUUUUUUGUACUGUACUUAAUAAAAACUUUUAACUA